AACGUCUAUCGGAACGUUAAACGUAGAGAAACAAAAAUGGCGUAAAUUGUUGAAUGUCAAUAGUUGAAAAUGUGUAAAAAGUAAAUAAAAAUGUUUUCGUUGCCAGAAUGUUUGUUAUCGUGUGUUAUACUGCUUCUGUAUAGUUCAAAAACAUGUUCAGGCGACAUCCCGUCCCCCUCCCUAGCACUGUUCAUGCCAGGCGAGCUGGAGUUCACAGAGGUACUCGUGCGCCGAGUCCAUGAUAACCUGACGCUGGUCUGCGAGCUGCGAGGGGAUCUCACUCCGAGGAGCUUCGUGUGGAACUAUAUGGGGGAUAAUGGCACGGUUGGGGAUGUCAUACUAAAAGGCGAGCCAAAAGGUAUAACUGCGAACAGUACCCUCACCAAAUUCGAUCUUCAAGCAUCAGACAGCGGGCAGUACCUAUGUUCAGCCCCACCGUUCAGUGUCAGCAAGUAUAUACUAGUCCAGGGGCGAGGCCCUACCUACUGCAGACGCGGUGCCUUCUGGUGCGGGCAGCGCUGCAUCGCGGCGCAGUACCUGUGCGACGGCCGGCGCGACUGCGAGCGCGCGGAGGACGAGGCCGCGCCUAUGUGUCCGCCUCUUGUGUGCUCUGGUAGCGACAAGCUGAACUGUUCGUCAGGGCGGUGCAUCUCGGAGUCGGCUUGCUGUAAAACGAGCAGUUCUCUCUGCCAGCACCCGUCCUGCUGCGACGAGCAUCCUCGAUACUCCCGGCUCGAAGGCUACGUGGACGUGGAAUAUCCGCCGCUAUACGAGGACCGACACGCGGGAGACGACUAUGGCUUCAUACAGUCUACUAUCUAUACUGUUACUGCUUGCGCCUUAAUCUUCAUGAUAGCAGUAGUACUGCUAGUGUCAGCUAUCUGCAAGAUGCACAUGAAGCGAGCUGCGUUACGCUCGUAUGCUCACGCCGACAGAGCUACUCGGCAGCAUUACUGUGUGCAGUAUGCUCAGACGCAGCGGUUCCCGCCGUGCUACGAGGCGUCGCGGCUGCUGGAGGCCGAGCGAGCCGACAACACCGACUCGCCGCAACACAGCGCUGAUAGAACGCAGGCACAGCAGUCGGCUCGUCCGGAGUCUCCAGUGCCGGAGUCGCCGGGUGAGGGCGCGGGGGCGGAGCGCCCCGGCUUCGGACUCGCUCGUCUGUCCGCUAUAUUCUCCUCGCGAUACCGACAGGUACCAACACAAAGCGACGUAGAACUCACAAACGUACGUUCUUCAUCACUAAACAAUUCACCAACCAGGAAUCGAACUCUAGACAACUACCGGAGCCCUACCUACUGCGAUUUGAACGCCUCAGAGUUCUACUUCACAAACCCAGAGACCGGGGACUUUGGCCGAGACCUCAACUAUAUGGCAACACCCGUAGAUUACAUGAGGAGGUCCAACACAGCCCUCGAAAGGGUCAUAGACCAUCUAGACAGGCAACGGUUGACCCUACAACUAGGUAGGUUCCAAUUAACUAUACCUAGGUUCGGACGGAGAUCAGAAAAUGACCGCAGACCUGACACACCGAACGUUGCAGAAAUUAAUAUUGAUGAUUUAGAUUUUGUGAGAAUGACUUCACAUGAUACGUAUACUCUAAAUGGUAGGACUAUUAGGUUGUUGGGGGCUAAUUUUGAAAAUUACCCCGUUCUCCCCGAUGGGACGAGGCCUCCUCCAUACAAUGAAGCGAUGAGAUGCAAAUUUUUUGGACCUCCACCUGAGUAUUUGAGUCGGGAAGGUCUCAAUUCAAGAGUUGAUGAAGAAGCUAGGAAUAAUGUUGAAAUGCCGCCCUGCUAUGAUGAAUUAGCUACCGGUGAAAAUACAGGUACUCAAAGUAAUCCUUCUUGUUCUAAUAGUUCGUCAAAUAACGGUAAUGUAACGGAAAGUAACGCUGAAAGUAACGGUAACGACAGUGUAAGAGAUAGAGCUUUAGCAGUUUCUAACACCAGUGAUGAAAAUAACGUUGCAAGUAACAGUUUGAAUAACGUUGCAAGUAACAGUUUGAGUAACGUUACAAGUAACUUAAAUAACGUUACGCAAACGUAUAAUAAUAACGUAGUUACAAGCCCACCUGUAACGGUCAACGAAACGGUUAUAGAUUCGAAUAUGAACAACGUGCAAAGUAUAAGUUCUAUUAUAAAUAACUUGCCUGCAAUUGAUAGUGAUGUGAACGCUAACGAAACAACUAUUAACUGUUAAUAACCGUUACUUUUAACGUUACUUUACGGCAGCUAUACUUAAAAACAGCUAUCAUUAAAUCAAGUCACAAAAAUAACGUAUUUUUCACACUACAUUCGACAU